AUGCUGCUACGACAGGCCCUCCGUAACAACUAUGCACUGCGAGCGCAGCUGCCGCGCUCUUUCGAGGCGACGAGCCUGCGAUCGAGCCCAGCGCCAUCAAAUCAACCAGCUUGGCCACGCUUUUCAUCAACAGAAGCACCGGCGAGCAACGAAGAUCCCGAAGCGCUGCUGUUGGCGAAGGUCAAAUAUGGCAUCAAGGAAGCUAUGAAGGCGAAAGACUCGCUCACUUCCACCGUCCUCCGCUCGAUCGUCUCGGAACACCAGUACUCGGCAAAGCAGAAGGGCAACCAGGUAUCCAAGGUCUCUAAGCUCAUCACAAAAGCGAUCAAGCGCAGACAGGACACGGCCAAGCAGUUCAGAGCCGCCAAGCCGCCAAGAGAGGACCUGGCCGAGCAGGAGGAGAAGGAGGCUGCCGUGUUGGAGACGUUCUUGCCGGAAGCAAAGUAA